AUGACAUUUUCUCUUUCGACCACUAACUCGCUCUAUGAUGAUUGUAUUAUGGAUGACUAUCAAUAUUGUCGUCGACCAUUUGAUUUUAUCAUCAAUUCACCUAUGAAUAGUUGUUGGAAAAAUGCACAGAAAUUUACCUAUUCUCAAUUACAUUCAAUGAAUAUAAGUAGUGAACAGUUACUAAAAUGGCGAAUAUAUUCAGCUUACGAUUAUGCUAUUUAUUUACAAACAUUUAACGCAUCUCUAACUGUCAAUAAUUCUCAAUUUGUAUGCAAUUGUUCAGAUAACUUUGUCGGUCGAUAUUGUGAGUAUCAAUAUUCUACACAGUUAACGUUUCAUGAACAAUUAAUAAAACAAGAAAGUGAACGAGAAUUCUUAAUAUUAAAUAGUAAAAAUGAUACAUAUGAUAAUUAUGAAAUUGAUGAUUUUCCACUUUAUCUCAGUACACCAUCGAUACCACAAAAUAUUAGUACCAUUGAUAAUCGAUUGAAAUGGCGUGCAGCACUUGUGUGUUAUAUUGAUAUUAAUUGUACAAGAGGGACGCCAUGCUUGGACUGGCGACAGAUUUGUGAUGGAAGGUGGGUAAAGUUGAGCAGUAACUAUUAUUUGUUUCAUAAAAAGUGUAUAAACAUGAUUAUCAUAUCUCGGUUUCACUUUCAAUUUGUUGAAUUAUCGCUCAUUCAAUUUUGUACUUACAUUUGUCAGUUAUAAUUAAAAGGAUUCAUUUCACCACAUUUUUUUCACCAGUUUCUAGAAGAAUCUUCAGAGUAUAUACACUAAAAAGUUUUUAAGUUUUUUUAUAUUUUUUCUUCAGUUUUAACUCUUAACGUUUCAUGCAGCUCUGGCAGGACUAUCGAAAUUCGAUUUUAUAUUUUAGCUAUUUAGUGAUGGAGCAAAGGGAAAAAAAGUUGUUUUUUAUCAACCGAUAGUUUGUGAAGUCUACUAUGUAGAUGUUCACCAGUUUUGGAUUGGAUGAUUCAUUUACUUUUUACAAUGUUUCUAAAAACGAUGAUUCCAAUGCUACGCCCUUUUCGAUAUGAUGACUUGAUUCUAGUGUAGCGUUCGAUAGAGGAUAUUAAAUUGUAUAAGAAAAUAAAAGUGUCAUCGAAGUUUUAGGCAGAAAUUUAACUUUUACCUUCCGAAUAGAACUUCUGAGCUAAAAGUGAGAAACAGAAAAUUUUAAAAAAGCAAUAGUUUCAAGUCUUGACCGCUAUUCUCAAACCUUUGCAGAAGGUAAAAGUUAAAUGUCUGCCUAAAACUUCAAUGACACUUUUAUUUUCUUAUACAAUUCAAUAUCCUCUAUCGAACGCUACACUAGAAUCAAGUCAUCAUAUCGAAAAGGGCGUAGCAUUGGAAUCAUCGUUUUUAGAAACAUUGUAAAAAGUAAAUGAAUCAUCCAAUCCAAAACUGGUGUAGAUACUCUGAUACUUCAAAUAGUGGAGUAGUUUUGA